AUGUCUCAUAAGAAGCGUGUCUAUCCGUCCAUGGUGGGCUAUUCUCAGGAUAGCAAUUAUAUUCAGCAAGGUACUCAAAACUUCUUGGGUGGUGAUGUAGGUAAUAUUAAUGCUAAUAUUCAAGGUCAAAUGGGUUUCCCAAAUGAUCCCAAUGCACAAAUUUAUGAUCAACAACUAGGUCAAGACCAUCAUAUCCAACAACAAGGUCAACAGCAGUACAUGCAACAAGGUUUUGACCCAUCGCAAGGUCAACAAGGGCAACUACAAGGGCAAUCUAUGCAACCUCUACAGGGACAACAAGGACAACCUCAACAAGCUAGGGUUUUCACUCCAGCUCAACAACAGUUGAAUUAUCAAAUCGACCAAGCUGCCACUGUAAUGAGCAAUAUGCAAUUGCAUAAUGUACCAACUAGCGACCCAAGUAUGGCAUAUCAACAACAACAGCAACAACAACAAAUGGGUGGCGGCGCUGGAGCUGGUGCUGUUGCAGGCGGUUUGCCACAACAAAGCAACUACGGACAAAAUCAAAAUCAACAAUUGAAUUAUUCAAAAACUAAUAAACCAAUGAACCAAUUGUAUCCAAUCGACUUGUUAGUCGACUUGCCUCCUCCAAUUACCGAUUUGUCCUUACCGCCACCUCCAUUAAUGGUUCCUGCGGACAAAAUGUUGGUCCCAUCCGAGACAGCUAAUACCCCUCCAGCUUAUGUUAGAUCCACUCUAAAUGCAAUUCCAAAGAAUAGUUCUCUAUUGAAAAAAUCUAAAUUACCAUUAGCUUUAGUCAUUAGACCUUAUCAAUUCUUAAAUGACGACACCGAGGCUCCUCCAUUAAAUGAAGAUGGUUUGAUUGUUCGUUGUAGACGUUGCAGAUCAUACAUGAAUCCAUUCGUCACUUUCACCGAUCAAAACAGAAAAUGGAGAUGUAACUUUUGUCGUUUGGCUAAUGAUGUGCCAAUGUUAUUCGAUCAAACUAUGGGUGGCGGUGCUCCAUCUAAUAGAUAUGAAAGAAAUGAAGUUAAACAUGCUGUCAUGGAAUACAUAGCUCCAAAGGAAUACGCUUUGAGGCAGCCACCACCAGCUGUUUACUCUUUCAUCUUAGAUGUUUCACAAAACGCAAUUAAGAACGGUUUAUUGGCUACUGCAACUAGAACUAUUCUAGAAACUUUGGAUAGCAUUCCAAAUCGUGAUGAAAGAACAAGAAUUUCCAUUGUAUGUGUCGAUAAUUCUAUUCAUUAUUUCUCAAUUCCUGCUGAUGAAGUUUCUGAUCAAAUUAAGAUGAUGGACAUUGGUGACUUAGAAGAAGCUUUCUUACCAAAACCAACCUCAAUGUUAAUUCCUCUAAUAGACCGUAGAAAUAAUAUUGAAAAACUAUUAAAUAUGAUUCCAGAGAUUUUCAAAUUCAAUGUAAUGAACAAAUUUGCAUUGGGUCCAAGUUUAAAAUCGGUAUUUAAUUUAAUUUCAGGUAUUGGUGGUAAGAUCAUUGUUAUUUCAUCUACCUUACCAAACAUCGGUGUAGGUAAGUUAUCUAAAAGAAAUGAAGCCGGUGUUGUCAAUACCAACAAAGAAUCUUCUCAAUUGCUAUCCUGUCAGGAUGCUUUCUACAAAACAUUUGCUAUUGACUGUUCUAAAUCACAAGUCACUGUAGAUUUGUUUUUGGCUUCUGAAGAAUAUAUGGACGUUGCUACAUUAACAAACUUAACUCGUUUCACUUCUGGUCAAACACAUUUUUACCCAGGUUUCUCUGCUGCUCAUAUGGCUGAUGUUACUAAAUUCACAAAAGAAUUUUCUAAGCACUUAUCCAUGGACUUAUCAAUGGAAACUGUCAUGAGAGCUCGUGGUAGUACCGGUCUAAGAAUGACUUCAUUUUAUGGUCAUUUCUUCAACAGAUCCUCAGAUUUAUGUUCAUUUUCUACAAUGCCAAGAGAUCAAUCAUAUGUUUAUGAAUUUAAUGUUGAUGAACCAAUUACUACAGAAUACUGUUUUGUUCAAGUAGCUGUGUUAUUAUCAGCUAAUACUGGCCAACGUAGAAUCAGGGUUAUUACAUUAGCCUUACCAACUACUGACUCCUUAUUAGAAGUCUAUGCUUCUGCCGAUCAACUGGCAAUGACCAACUACUUUGCCGACAAAGCAGUCGAGAAAGCUUUGAAUUCAAGUUUGGAAGAUGCUAGAUUAUUCUUGAGCAAGUCAGUUCAAGAAAUUUUGGCCGUUUACAAAAAGGAUAUGGUAGUAUCAAAUACUGCAGGUGGUGCUCCAUUAAGAUUAUGUGCAAACUUGAGAAUGUUCCCAUUACUAAUGCAUUCUUUAAGUAAACAUAUGGCAUUUAGACAAGGUAUUGUUCCAAGUGAUCACAGAGCUAUCGCAUUAAACAACAUUGAAUCUAUGCCAUUGAAAUACUUGAUAAAAAAUAUAUAUGCCAGAGUAUAUUCGUUACAUGAUAUGGUUGAUGAAGCUGGUUUACCAGAUGAAAACGGACAAAUAGUCUUACCACAACCAAUUAACGCCAGUGCUACCAUAUUUGAGAGAUAUGGUUUGUACAUCAUUGAUAACGGUAAUGAGCUAUUCUUGUGGAUUGGUGGUGAUGCCGUUCCUGAAUUAGUUGCAGAUGUAUUUGGUAUUAAUGACAUUAUUCAAGUUCCUAUUGGUAAGCAAGAGUUACCAGUCCUUGAAAACUCUGAAUUUAAUGAAAGAGUUAGAAACAUUAUUGCGAAGAUCAGAGAACAUGAUGACAUUGUUACAUACCAAACUCUUUACAUUGUUAGAGGUGCUUCUUUAAGCGAACCGGUCAAUCACGCCUCCGCCAGAGAAGUGGCUACAUUAAGAUUAUGGGCUACAAGUGCUUUAGUUGAAGAUAAAGUCUUAAACAGUGAAAGUUACCGUGAAUUUUUGCAAAACAUGAAAUCAAGAAUUAGUAAAUAA